CGCCAGACAAGAAAAAGAGGCAGAAUUGAAAUGGAGGGCGGAGCUGAAAGACGACGGCGGGGCUGUGUGGUUAUGGUGCCUGCCCCUUUCCAAGGGCAUGUCACCCCUAUGCUGCAACUAGGACACAUCCUUCACUCGAAGGGCUUCUCCAUCGUAGUCACCCACACCCAAUACAAGGCGCCUGACCCUUCAAACCACCCUGACUUCUCCUUCCACGGCUUGGCAGAUGGAUUGGAUGCCAGUGAUGAUAUAUCUGGAAGUAGGGGAUUAGAAAUCAUGUAUGCCAUGAAUAAGAAUUGUAGGGUACCCCUCCAGGAGUAUUUGGAAGAGAAGGGAGAUGUGGUUUCUUGUAUCAUCUAUGACAACAUCAUGUUCUUCGUUGACCAAGUCGCCGCUCUUUUCAAUCUGCCCUCUCUCGUUUUAUGCCCCUUCAGCGCUGCUUUCUUGCAAGUGUUACUCCAUUGUCUUGAAAAUGCAGACACUAUUUAUCCCCUUCCAGAGUCAAGACUUCAAGAUCCAAUUCCAGGGUCUUAUCCUAUGAGGUAUCAAGAUAUGCCAAAGUAUCUGCAUUCAGAAGAAGUAAGACAUUUCAUGUGGACUUCAAACGAUAUAAGAUCUUCAGUGUCCAUAAUAUGGAACACAGUGGAGGAUCUUGAACCCACAUGGUUGUCAAGGCUUCAACAACAUUAUAAAGUGCCCAUCUUUCCAGUAGGCCCAUUUCACAUGAUUGCCCCAACUAGCACAACUAGCUUGAUACAAGAAGAUGAAGGUUGCCUCACAUGGUUGGAUAAACAAGUUCCUCACUCUGUCCUCUUUGUAAGCACAUCUGGGAGUUUAGUUUCCAUUAAUGAAAGCGAUAUUGAAGAGAUUGCUUGGGGCUUGGACGAUAGUGACCAACCGUUUGUGUGGGUGGUGCGUCCUGGUUCAAUCAAAAGUUCCCACGGGAAAGAGCGGUUCUUCGAAGACUUUGAGAAAAGAAUCGGAAACAAAGGACUAGUAGUGAAAUGGGCGCCACAGAAGAAGGUUUUGGCACAUGGCUCUGUGGGCGGAUUCUGGAGCCAUUGCGGUUGGAACUCAACGUUGGAGAGUCUCGGUGAAGGCGUUCCCAUGAUUUGUACACCCCACAUUGCUGAUCAAAUGGUGAACGCCAGGCUCUUAAUCCAAGAGUGGAAGGUUGGAUUGGGGUUGGAAAAUUUGGAGAGAGGUGUGAUUACAGAGACUAUUAGAAGACUUAUGGUGGGAGAUGAGAGAGAAGCGCUGAAGAAGAAUGCCAUGGAUAUGAAACAAAAAAUUGAAGAUUGCUUCGGAAAAGAUGGCGGCAGUUCAUAUAGAGCACUUGAUGAACUAUCAGACUUCAUAGGAUCACUUCCACUUCCAAAUUUCAUUAAUGAAGUGAGGGCUGGUGGUGAUAGGAAUGUUUUGAGUAACAAAAAGUGAUUUCAUAAAAAUAACAAACUUGGUCAAUUUAAGUGUUGGUUGGUUGUAAACUCUAAGAUUAUAUCUCCUCUCUAGCAAUUAUUGAAAAAUAAAUCAAUAAAACAUUUGGAAUAAUAUACUUUGUAUACGUUACGAUUAAUU